AUGGCCUUGAUCGUGCGUUUGAAGAGGGUCACCAACCUGAGAGGCAAAGCGGACAGAAUAGCCAAGGUGGCGUUCAGAGGCCUCUCAUUCUACACUCGAGUGCUUGAGAACUGUGAAAAUGAAGCUCCAUUUGAUGAGACAUUCCGAUGGCCCAUCGCAAGCAGCAUUGAUGUCAAUGAGAUGCUGGAGAUUCAGGUGUUUAACUACAGCAAGGUCUUCUCCAACAGGCUCAUUGGCAUAUUCCAGAUGGUCCUGCAGAAAGUGGUGGAAGAAGGACAGUUGAAUGUGAUGGACACCUUGAUCGAUGACAACAAUGUGGCCAUUCAAACCAGUGUUUCCAUUGAGAUUCGGUACCAGGCCAUGGAUGGCAGUGUUGGUGCUUGGAAUGAUGAUGAAUUCUUGGAGAGUCCCAGGGUCCACCUGCAUGGAGAUCCCUAUGAAACCGAUGUCCUGCUUCCCAGCCACAGACAGUUGAGCAAGACCAGCACUGCAGAGAAAGCCCUCCGGAGCAAGAACAAGGACAAAAAAGCUGGGAAAGGAGUCUUUUCAGCCAUGAAGUUGGGCAAAGCACGUCCCUCAAAAGAUGAUCAUCAUCGAAAGCAAGAUCAACCAGCCAUCUUGGAAGCAGAAGAUCUGGACCGUAAAGCAAUACGGCUUGGAGGUGGCCUGGAUCCAGAUGCCAUCUCCCUGGCAUCAGUCACAGCUGUGACCACCAAUGUGUCUAAUAAGAGAUCCAAGCCAGAUAUUAAAAUGGAGCCCAGUGCAGGAAGACCAAUGGACUACCAGGUCAGCAUCACAGUAAUUGAAGCGCGGCAGCUGGUGGGACUCAACAUGGAUCCUGUGGUGUGUGUGGAGGUGGGAGAUGAGAAGAAGUACACAUCCAUGAAGGAAUCAACUAAUUGCCCCUACUAUAAUGAGUAUUUUGUCUUUGACUUUCACAUUCCCCCAGAUGUCAUGUUUGACAAAAUCAUCAAAUUAUCGGUGAUUCACUCCAAGAACAUCCUGCGCAGUGGAACCUUGGUGGGUUCUUUCAAAAUGGAUGUGGGAACCGUUUACACUCAGCCAGAGCAUCAGUUCUACCACAAGUGGGCCAUCCUGUCUGACCCUGAGGACAUCACGGCUGGGCUGAAAGGCUACGUAAAGGUUGACAUUGCAGUGGUGGGCAAAGGAGAUAAUAUUAAGACACCACACAAAGCUAAUGAGACAGACGAGGAUGAUAUUGAAGGGAACCUCCUGCUUCCAGAUGGAGUUCCUUCAGAAAGGCAGUGGGCUCGCUUCUAUAUUAAGAUUUAUCGGGCAGAGGGGCUUCCACGCAUGAACACUAGCAUCAUGGCCAAUGUGAAGAAAGCCCUCACUGGGGAGAACAAAGACCUGGUGGAUCCUUAUAUCCAGGUGCUUUUUGCAGGACAGAAGGGAAAAACGUCUGUCCAGAAGAGCAGCUAUGAACCUCUUUGGAAUGAGCAGAUAGUUUUCACAGAGAUGUUUCCCCCUCUCUGCAAAAGGAUCAAGGUCCAGAUCCGUGAUUCUGACAAGGUCAAUGAUAUGGCUAUUGGGACCCAUUUCAUUGACUUGAGGAAGAUCUCCAAUGAAGGUGACAAAGGUUUCUUGCCCACAUUUGGCCCUGCCUGGGUAAACAUGUAUGGGUCCACCCGCAACUAUACCCUGAUGGAUGAGCACCAGGACUUGAAUGAAGGCCUGGGUGAAGGGGUCUCCUUCCGAGCCCGUCUGCUCCUUGGUCUAGCAGUGGAGAUCUUGGAUACCAGCAACCCUGACAUCACCAGUUCCACAGAAGUUCAAGUUGAAUUGGCAACACCUGUCGCAGAUAGCUGCACAGGCAAGAUGGAGGAGCUCUUUCUCUUUGGAUCCUUCCUGGAGGCCACCAUGAUUGACAGGAAGAAUGGAGACAAGCCAAUCAAUUUUGAGGUCACAAUAGGCAAUUAUGGCAAUGAAAUUGAUGGGAUGUCCAGGCCCACCAUCAAGAAGAAAAAAGAUGGUGAGGAUGGCACUGAGGAGGAAUCUGAGCUGCUACAGAAUGACAGUGAUGAGGAGGCCAAUAUCGAUGGGGAAUUUUUCUCUGUCUCUACUUCUUCACCCAUGAAACCAUUCAUUACUGACAGGAACUAUUUUCACUUACCAUAUUUUGACAAGAAGCCUUGUAUUUAUAUCAAGAGUUGGUGGCAGGACCAAAGACGACGUCUGUAUAACUCCAAUAUCAUUGACAAGAUUGCAGACAAGCUGGAAGAAGGCCUCAAUGAUGUGCAUGAGAUGAUCAAAACUGAAAAACCCCACCCAGAGCGCCGACUCCGUGGAGUUCUGGAGGAACUGAGCAGUGGAUGUCUGAGAUUUGUGUCUCUCUCUAACAAAGAUCAGAACCAUUCCUCCCGCACACGUCUGGACCGAGAAAGGCUGAAAUCUUGCAUGCGGGAACUGGAAACAAUGGGCCAGCAAGCUAAGACCAUGAGAUCUCAGGUGAAGAAGACCACCAUCAGGGACAAGCUGAAGCAGUCUCAAAACUUCCUACAAAAGCUGCGGUUCCUUGCAGAUGAGCCUCAGCACAGCAUUCCUGAAGUCUUCAUUUGGAUGAUGAGCAAUGGCAAGCGCAUUGCUUAUGCCCGCAUCCCCUCCAAGGAUAUCCUCUACUCCAUUGUGGAUGAGGAAACAGGCAAAGACUGUGGAAAAGUGAAGACUGUCUUCCUCAAGUUACCUGGGAAAAGGGGGUUUGGGCCAGCUGGAUGGACUGUACAAGCCAAAUUGGAAGUUUAUUUGUGGCUAGGACUCAACAAGCAGCGAAAGGAUUUCCUCAGUGGCCUACCCUGUGGCUUUGAGGAGAAGAAACUUCCUGUGGCACAAGGCCUCUCAUCUUUCCCACCCAUCAGCCUCCUCUAUACCAAGAAACAAGUCUUCCAGCUCCGAGCCCAUAUGUACCAGGCGAGGAGUUUGUUUGCUGCAGACAGCAGUGGCCUUUCUGACCCUUUUGCCCGGGUUUUCUUUAUCACUCAAAGCCAAUGCACCGAGGUCUUGAAUGAAACACUUUGUCCUACCUGGGAUCAACUACUGGUGUUUGACAAUGUUGAGCUGUAUGGGGAAGCACAUGAGAUGCGGGACGACCCUCCCAUUAUUGUCAUUGAGAUCUAUGACCAGGAUACAGUGGGGAAGGCUGACUUCAUGGGGAGAACAUUUGCCAAACCUGUGGUAAAGAUGUCAGAUGAGGAAUAUUGCCCCCCACGUUUCCCACCCCAGUUGGAAUACUACCAGAUCUACCGGGGUAACUCAACUGCUGGAGACCUACUGGCUGCCUUUGAACUCCUCCAGAUUGGACCAGUUGGGAAGUCAGACCUGCCUCCCAUUGAUGGACCCACAGAUGUGGACCGGGGUCCCAUCUUGCCUGUCCCUCUGGGGAUCCGCCCUGUUCUGAGCAAAUACAGGGUAGAGAUCUUGUUCUGGGGAUUAAGAGACCUGAAGCGAGUGAACUUGGCCCAAGUGGAUAGACCUCGAGUGGACAUUGAAUGUGCUGGAAGAGGGGUCCAGUCAUCUCUUAUCCAGAACUAUAAGAAAAACCCUAAUUUCAGUACUUUGGUCAAAUGGUUUGAAGUGGAUCUGCCUGAAAAUGAACUCCUGCAUCCACCCCUCAAUAUCCGUGUGGUGGAUUGCCGUGCCUUUGGGCGUUACACCCUUGUGGGAAGCCACGCUGUCAACUCCUUACGGAAGUUCAUCUAUAGACCUCCAGAUAAAAAGGCGCAGCACUGGAGCACAGCAGCUAAACUUAUGAACGCCUAUGUGACUCUAGCAAAUGGGGGGCCCUACUCUCACCCCACAGGUGAAAUUGUGGUUAACAUGGAGCCAGAGGUUCCCAUCAAGAAGAUGGAGACCAUGGUGAAGUUGGAAGCGAAUUCUGAUGCUGUUGUGAAAGUGGACAUGUCAGAAGAAGAGAAAGAGAAGAAGAAGAAGAAGAAGAAAGGAAGUGCAGAAGAAGCUGAGGAUGAGGAGCCUGAUGAGAGCAUGCUGGACUGGUGGUCCAAGUAUUUUGCUUCCAUCGAAACUAUGAAGGAGCUACUUCGGCAGCAAGAGGCAGCUGCAGCAGAAGCUGAGGAGAAAGAAGAGAUGGAGAUGUCUGAGGGCUCAAAGGCCCAAGGAAAGACCAAGGACAAAGUCAAACCAUCCAAAGAGGACAAGAAGAAAAAACAGCAGCAACAGCCAGAUGCCCCUGAAAAGAAGAGCAAGCAGAAGAUUGAUGAGAUGAAGGUGUACCCCAAAGAGCUGGAGACAGAGUUUGAUAACUUUGAGGACUGGCUGUAUACUUUCAACCUCCUUCGUGGGAAGAUUGGUGAUGAUGAUGACAAUUCUGCAGAUGAGGAUCGCAUUGUGGGAAGAUUCAAGGGGUCCCUGUGUGUCUAUAAAGUGCCUCUUCCUGAUGACAUCACCAAGGAGGCUGGGUAUGACCCUACUUUUGGCAUGUUCCAAGGAAUUCCAAGCAACGAUCCCAUCAAUGUGUUGGUCCGUGUCUACAUUGUGAGGGCUACUGAUUUGCAUCCUGCUGACAUCAAUGGCAAAGCCGACCCCUAUGUUGUCAUCAAACUGGGAAAGACAGAUAUCAAGGACAAGGAGAACUACAUCUCUAAACAGCUGAACCCAGUCUUUGGAAAAUCCUUUGAUAUUGAGGCUACAUUCCCCAUGGAAUCCAUGUUGACAGUGGCUAUCUAUGAUUGGGACUUGGUGGGCUCGGAUGAUCUGAUUGGUGAGACAAAGAUAGAUUUGGAGAACCGGUACUACAGCAAGCAUAGAGCGACUUGUGGCAUUUCUCAGACCUAUGCUCUCCAUGGAUAUAAUAUGUGGCGAGACCCCCAAAAGCCUACCCAAAUCCUAUCCAAGCUUUGUAAAGAAGGUAAAGUUGAUGGUCCCCACUAUGGCCCUGGAGGUAGGGUGAAGGUGACCAAUCGAGUCUUCACUGGCCCCACAGAAGUAGAGGAUGAAAAUGGUCAGAAAAAGCAAACAGAGGAGCAUCUAGCACUGACCGUGUUGCACCACUGGGAGGAAACUCCCCGUGUGGGCUGCAAACUAGUGCCUGAGCAUGUGGAAACAAGGCCCUUGCUGAACCCAGACAAGCCAGGCAUUGAGCAGGGACGGCUGGAGUUAUGGGUGGACAUGUUCCCGAUGGACAUGCCGGCACCAGGCCCUGCCAUUGACAUCUCGCCAAGGAAACCAAAGAAAUAUGAACUUAGAGUAAUAAUCUGGAACACUGAUGAGGUAGUCCUGGAGGACGAUGAUUACUUCACUGGCGAGAAAUCCAGUGACAUUUUUGUCCGGGGGUGGCUGAAGGGCCAGCAAGAAGAUAAACAGGAUACUGAUGUCCACUACCACUCACUGACAGGAGAGGGCAAUUUCAACUGGCGCUAUAUCUUUCCUUUUGACUACCUUGCAGCUGAAGAAAAGAUUGUCAUCUCUAAGAAAGAGUCUAUGUUCUCCUGGGAUGAAACUGAGUACAAGAUUCCAGCCCGACUCACAUUACAAGUGUGGGAUGCUGAUCACUUUUCUGCUGAUGAUUUCCUUGGAGGCAUUGAGCUUGACCUGAACCACUUCCCACGUGGUGCUAAGACAGCCAAGCAGUGCAGUAUGGAGUUGGGAACUGGUGAAAUAGAGGUGCCCAUGAUCUCUAUCUUCAAACAGAAGAGGGUGAAGGGCUGGUGGCCCUUCUUGGCUCGAGAUGAGAACGAUGAAAUGGAGCUGACGGGUAAAGUGGAGGCUGAACUUCAUCUACUGACAGCUGAGGAAGCUGAGAAAUGUCCAGCUGGCCUGGCUCGUAAUGAGCCAGACCCAUUGGAGAAACCCAAUCGUCCAGACACAUCCUUCAUCUGGUUCCUGAACCCACUCAAGUCUAUCAGAUACCUCAUUUGCACCCGUUACAAAUGGCUCAUUAUCAAGAUUGUCCUGGCCCUUCUACUUCUCAUCAUGGUGGCCCUCUUCCUCUACUCCAUGCCUGGUUAUAUGGUCAAGAAGCUUCUGGGGGCAUGA